AUGAAGCGUAGGAAUGCUAAGCUGAUUGACUUUUAAAAUAAUCCUGGUUGUAAGAUUUUAACUGCUAAAUUUGGUAAUUAGUCAAAAUCAAUUAUUGCUUCUGGUGAUGAUAAAAAUAACAUUUGUUUAUGGAAAUUCUCAAACGAUAUACCCAUAAAAAAAUUUGCUGGUUAAAAUUAGACAAACCAUUAAAUAGAAACAACAGCUGUUUAAUUUAACCAUAGCGAUAAUAUUUUAUAUACUGGAACAAAUAGAGGUAUCAUAAGUGUCUUGGAUUUAGAAGCAUAAAAAUUAAGUCAUACUCUCAAGGGACAUGGAGGCGGAAUUAGUUCCUUAGCAAUAUUUCCUUAUGAAGAUUAAAAAAAUUUGUUGAUAUCUGGUUCAAUGGAUACUAAUAUUAAAAUUUGGGAUUUAAGAACUAAAGAAUGUGUUCACUAAUUUAAGGGUCAUACUAUGCUAGUUAAUUGCUUGGCAGGUUCUCCUGAUGGAAAAAUGAUAGCAUCUGGUGGGUCAGAUAGUUAAGUGAGGCUUUGGGAUUAAACUACAGGAAAAUGUUCUAAUAUAUUUACACUACACGAUGCAUCAGUAACAUGCUUAUAAUUUAAUCCUGUAGAAAUGGCUUUAGCAAGCGCAAGUGCUGAUAGAACAGUGAAGUAUUAUGACUUAGAUACUUAUACUCUAAUAAGCUAAACUAAGCCAGAGGCUACUAGCAUCUAAAAAAUUUUGUUUAACGUUGAUGGAGAUGUUCUAUUUAGUGCAGCACAUGAAAGUCUAAAAGUAUGGAACCUAGAUAAAGAUGGAUUGCUUCUUGAUAAUGUAGAGUCUUAAUGGAGAGGAAUCAUGGAUAUGUAAAUUUCAGAGAAUGAAGAUAAUAUAAUUGGCGUUACUUCAUAUUAAUAAAACUUUGCUUUAUGGGUAUGCCCUUUAAAAUUAAUAAAUAUGGAUUCUUCUGAGCAAGCUAUCAAUAAUUAACUAAACAGAGUAAAAACAGGUUAAUAAAAUAAUUCUAAUAAUCCUCCUUAAAGAAACUUCUUACCAUAAAUAGACCCCAUAAAAGGAAAAUCUCCUCCUACGGAUGAUAAUACAUACGCUAAAAUUCAUAGCCCAGAAAACCAUCUUCCUGGAAACUAAAGAUCAUAUUCAGAAAUGCAUUCAAAUAAUUAUUAGAACAACUAAGAUUAUCAGUAUUUAAAUUAAGGAUAUCAAAAUACUCCUCAAAUAUUGCAAACUAAAGUAGAGAGCUAUCCUAAUUUACCAUAAAUAAAUAAUAACAGUGUCCAUCAUAAUCUACCAAACUAAUAUGGGUAUGCAAAAUAAUAAUCUUAAGAAUAGUUUGGUUACCCUAAUUAAUAGUAGGUCACAAACCAAAAUAUGCUUCCUCCAACAAAGAGCCCUUAAAUCAUUAAUGCAGUAAUUCACAAUUAGUACUCAAACGAUGAUUAAAUGUUAAAUAAAAAGAAAAUUGUUGAAUAAGAAGAAGAUGAACACAUAAAUGAAGCAAUAAUUAACAAAUAAUUUGAAGAACUCAACAACUAAUCAAGAAUUUAUAAUUAAAUUCUUCCUCCAAAAGAAUAAAUUAAAAUUGAAUCCAACCUAAGCUCCUAAUCUUCAAAAGAGGAAAUUGAAGAAGAAAUAGAAACAUAAGAAAAUAAUAAAAAACAAAAACCCAAACCUCAAUCACACGAUGCUGUUGAUAGAAAUUUUGUGUAACCUUAAUCAUCAGGAGAGUAGCCCUUAGAUUAGUCAAGUCUAUCUAUAGUAGAUUCAAUAGCUUAAAGCUUUCAUUUGAAUGCUGUUUUUGAUUAAUAGUAAUAAUAAUUACUAAAGCAAACUGAAUUUAUUGGCGAUAUCUCCAAAGAACAUCAAAAAUUUUUGAUACUCAUGAAUAAUAGAUUAAACUAUGUAAAGCCAAUAUAACAUUGGUGGAAUUAGGGAAAUUCAAAAUCAUCUUUAUAUGCAAUAAGUUAAUUAUAUGAUCCUUGUUAUGUUAUGGAUGCUCUAUAAAUGACAUUAAAUAUGAAUAAAUUAUAAUACGUAAAUGUUGAAGGUGUUGGAACUUUACUCUAAAAAUGCAAAAUCUUGAUUGAAAGCAAAUAUUAGUCGCAUAUUAAAUUUGGUUUAGAAUUUGUAAAGAAGAUAUUAGAAUAAUACAGAGAUGAAUUAAUUAAUGUGAAGACUUUUUCAUUAAUGAGCAAGGUAGAUUUAGCAAGAGAGGAAAGAAUAAAAAAGUAUAACUCAUUGAUAGAUGAGUUAAGGUCUAUCUAAAAAAUUUCAAGAAUAAAAAAAAUAGUUGAACGCAAAGCUAAAGAAGAUAUUGGUCAGCUAGCUAAUUUAGUAUUGACAGAUUUGAAUUAUCUUUUCGGUAAAUUAGACAAUGCAGCUCAGUAAGUUUGA